GGGAAUAAAACGGAGCACCACCGCCACCUCCACCCCCACUCUCCAACCCGUCUCCCUCCUCCGCCGCUCGCCCGAAUAAAACCCCCAGGCCGGCAUUGACGCAUCGCCAAUCCGCUAUUGCCAGCCACAGUUGAGCCAGAGGCGUACGUACACCUCGGGCAAGCAGGGCAGCUCAGCUUCUACCUCCCGGAAGACAUUAUCAAGGAGUCCUUCGUCUUCCUCCGUCCGGUCCCAUCCAACGUGCAUGAAACCCGGCACAGCUACAGCAGCACUCGUCCGUUGGCGCUCCUUCUUGCCAUCAAGCGGUCCACCGAUGACGCUUGACGGCGGCUUGCCAGUCACCACCGGAGGCGCCGGCGUGCCCAUGGCCGCGGAGAGGGGCGGCGGCGGCGCCCGCGUGGCGCCGGAGGUGGUGGUGGAGCGGGAUGCCGCCGUGGCGACCCCUGCGAUGGAGAGGGACGGCGGCGUGGGUGCCGGCGUGGCGCCGACUGAGGCGGCAGAGAGCGACGGCGGCGGCGGGAGGAGCUGCGGGGAGCAGUGCGUGAUCCGGGUGGCGGAGGAGUGGUGCUGCGCGCGGUGCGUGUGCGUGGGGCCGAACCCGAUGAUGGCGCGGUACGUGUACGCGCUCAUCUUCCUGGUGACCAACCUGCUGGCGUGGACGGUGCGCGACUACGGCCACUCGGCGCUGGGCGAGCUCCGGCGGCUCAGGGGCUGCCAGGGCGCGCGCUACUGCCUGGGCGCCGAGGGCGUGCUGCGCAUCAGCCUCGGCUGCUUCCUCUUCUUCUUCGUCAUGUUCCUGUCCACCAUGAAGACGCGCAAGGUGCACGACUGCCGCAACUCGUGGCACUCCGAGUGGUGGCCCGUCAAGAUCGCGCUCUGGAUGGCCCUCACCGCCGUCCCCUUCUUCGCGCCCUCGCCGCUCAUCCAGCUCUACGGGAAGGUGGCGCAUUUCGGAGCAGGGGCGUUCCUCGUGAUCCAGCUCAUCAGCGUGACCAGGUUCAUCACGUGGCUCAACGACUGCUGCCGAUCGGAGCUCAACCUCAAGAGAUGCCACAUGCAGGUGCUGGUGGUGUCGAUCGUGACGUACGUGGGGUCCAUCCUGGGGAUCGUGCUCAUGUACGUCUGGUACGCGCCCACGUCCGCCUGCAAGCUCAACAUCCUCUUCAUCACCGUCACCCUCGCGCUCGUGCAGAUCAUGACUUUCGUCUCCGUCAACUCCAAGGUGAAGGCGGGGUACCUGGCACCGGGGCUGAUGGGGAUAUACAUCGUGUUCCUCUGCUGGUCCGCGAUCAGAAGUGAGCCGCACACGGAGAUGUGCAACAGGAAAGCAGCGGUCGCGACGAGCGCAGACUGGCUCAACAUCGCGAGCUUCGUGAUCGCGGUGAUCGUGGUCGUGGCGGCCACCUUCUCGACGGGGAUAGACUCAAAGUGUAUCCAGUUCAAGAGCGCCGAGACGGAGUCCGAGGACGACGACAUCCCCUACGGGUUCGGCUUCUUCCACUUCGUGUUCGCCAUGGGCGCCAUGUACUUCGCCAUGCUCUUCAUCGGCUGGAACGCGCAUCAGGAAAUGGAGAAGUGGACGAUUGACGUCGGGUGGGCGAGCACGUGGGUGCGCGUCGGCAACGAGUGGCUAGCGGCGAUCACGUACAUAUGGAUGAUCGUCGCUCCGAUCGUGUGGAAGCGGAGGCAGGUGGGGUCGUCGUCCGCGUGUGCGUGAGCGAACGUUUUAUUCUCGCUCGUGCUAAUUACCUACUGAAGAACAGCUAAUCUACAAGAAAGAAAAGAGAGAAGUAGGGAGCUUGCUUGACUUGACGCUACUUCACUUCCACGACGCAUGGACGGAUGAUGAUGAUGAUGACGACGAUGACGAUGAUCAAGAAGUGUUGGUCGGUCGCUCGUUUUUUGCCCAAGUUGGAGGUAAAAGAGAGGGGGAGAGAAAGGAAAGAGCCGAACGUGUUCCUCUUUGUAUAUAAAAGGCCAAUUUUGCUUUCUGGCCGUUGCAGAUAAAAACUAAUUCUUUUGGAGUUGAGUUGAUUGUAUAUUCUCACUCCGAAAAAAGAAAAAUUACCAAGGAAAUAACUUUCAAAUUC